UUUAGACUAUUUAAAAGAUUGUUAUCGGACAAUAUUUAGUGUCAAUAAUUAGAAGAAUUAAACAAAAAGAAUAGUUGUUUAAAUAAAUAAUACUAGUUUUUUUCAUUGUGCAAAAAUGGCGCGUGUGCUUGUAGGUGUAAAAAGAGUAAUUGAUUAUGCAGUGAAGAUUCGUGUCAAACCGGAUAAAUCCGGGGUAAUUACAGAUGGUAUUAAACAUUCAAUGAAUCCUUUCGAUGAGAUAGCUGUAGAAGAAGCAGUCAGAAUGAAGGAAAAGAAAAUAGCUCAGGAAAUAAUAGCAGUUAGUUGUGGACCAAUGCAAUCGCAGGAUACAAUCAGGACUGCACUUGCUAUGGGUGUGGAUCGUGGAAUUCAUGUAGAAAUAUCUGGUCCUGAAUAUCAGACAUUGCAGCCUGUUCAUGUCUCAAAGAUACUAGCCAAAUUGGCACAAGAUGAAAAAGUGGAUUUGGUGAUACUUGGUAAACAAGCCAUAGACGAUGAUAACAAUCAAACCGCACAAAUGACUGCUGGCGUCUUGGAUUGGCCGUCUGGCACUUUCUGCAGCAAGAUUGAAAACAAUAAUGGCGAAUUGACUAUUACACGCGAGAUUGAUGGUGGAUUAGAAAUCAUCAAGAUGAAAACUCCAGCAGUGCUCAGUGCCGAUCUUCGUCUGAAUGAACCACGAUACGCGACUUUGCCAAAUAUUAUGAAAGCCAAGAAAAAACCCAUUAAGAAGAUUACUCCGAAAGAUCUUGGAGUAGAUGUGACAUCGAGAAUUGAAAUACUGUCUGUAGAAGACCCACCAGUUAGGCAGGCUGGUGCUAUAGUACCAGACGUGGAUACCUUGAUAGCCAAAUUAAAAGAAAGUGGCCACGUUUAGCUAAGUCAGGAUAAUUGUAAAAAGAACAAAAAUCAUCUUGUAACUUUUAUAUUUUGAUAACUUGUUUUGUAUAUAGUAUAAUGCUUUUGUACAUCAUCAGAAAUUGUAUAUGAUAUAUAUUUCAAUAUAAAUUUGUACCGCAAUGCGCGUGUGCGCUUAUAGGGAAAAAAGAAAUUUAAAUAUAAUUAGGUAUACAUAUUUAAUAAAAUACUGUCUAUAUAUACACGA